UCGUGACGCCGCAGGGGUCAGUUCUGGAUAGGAAAUCUCUUUUAUUUUAAUGAGUCGAGGUCCAUUCAGAUUUUUUUCGUGUGGUGUUCAAAAUGCUAAUCAUUUGUUAAUUAUUAAUUGUAUUUUUUUUCUUUCAAAUAUUGUGAACUAAAUCGUUCCCACCUCACAGUUUUCUUCUUGUGAAAUCUGCCGAGUCAUUCAUUCUAAAGAGUCGACUCACGAGAGCCAUUCCAGAGCGAAGGUUAUAAAAACCCUCAGGGUUUGUUUUUUAAAGCGCUUCUGUGAUUCUACCUGUCGCGUUUUCUUGGUGAAGAUGUCAUCCAGAGGUUGUUUUCUGUAUUUUGCUUAUGGCAGUAAUUUACUGAAAGAGAGACUGCAACUGAAAAACCCAUCAGCUGUCUUUCACUCCGUCGGCAGGAUACAGGACUACAGGCUGAAUUUCGGUCUUUGGGGCGACUGCACUGACUGCGCUUGGCACGGUGGAGUUGCCACGAUAGAGGAGAGUGAAGGAGACGAGGUGUGGGGGGUCGUGUGGAGGAUAGACAACCAAAACCUGCCCAGUUUAGACCGACAGGAACAGGUUCAUGAAGGUGUGUACAGCCCAUUAGAGGUCAAAGUGGAAACAAAAGAGGAGCCGCUUCUCUGCCGGACGUACAAGAUGAACAAUUUCAGACCCUGUCCACCUUCACCACAGUAUAAAAAGGUGGUGUGUUUAGGGGCUCAACAGAACAGCUUGCCUCAAAACUACAUACAGAAGCUUCUGGCUCUGGAGACAAACAACUACAGCGGCACUUCCAUAUUGGAUCAGAUUACAGACAUCGAGAAAUGACCUGCAGGAAAUUGUGUAUUUUUACCUUACUUAUCAAGUUCAUUAAUAAUAAAUACACGUUUUAACCUU